UGUUCCAAGACCUGUGGGCGAGGGGUAAGGAGGCGUGAACUCCUCUGCAAAAGUUCUGCUGCUGCCCCAGACACCCUCCCCGAGAGCGUGUGUGCCAGCACCCCCAGGCCUGAGGCACAGGAGGUCUGUGUGCUAGGACGAUGCCCUAAAAACAACCGGCUACAGUGGGUCACCUCUUCUUGGAGUGAGUGUUCCGCAAGCUGUGGUUUGGGUGUGAGGAAGAGGGAGAUGAGAUGCAGCGAGAAGGCCUUCCAGGGAAAGCUGAUAACUUUCCCAGAGCGGAGAUGCCGCAGUAUUAAGAAACCAAACCUGGACUUGGAAGAAACCUGCAACCGAAGGGCUUGUCCAGCCCGUCCUGUGUACAGUAUGGCAGCUGGCUGGUAUUCAUCACCGUGGCAACAGUGCACGGUCACCUGUGGGGGAGGGGUCCAGACCCGAUCAGUCCACUGUGUUCAGCAAGGACGGCCUUCCUCAAGUUGUCUGCUGAGUCAGAAGCCUCCUGGGCUACGAGCCUGCAAUACAAACUUUUGUCCAGCUCCCGAGAAGAGAGAGGAUCCAUCCUGUGUAGAUUUGUUCAGCUGGUGUCAACUAGUUCCUCAGCAUGGUGUCUGCAACCACAAAUUUUAUGGUAAACAGUGCUGCAAGUCAUGUACAAGGAAGAGCUGAUCUUGACAUCUUCCCCAACAACACAGGGCCAGGGUCCUACCUUUCAACAUCUGAAGAGACUAGCCACCUUUCAGAUCAGAAGGAGAGCACUACAAACCCUUUGUGAACUGCUGAGGUGUUUGAUGAGCCAGCUCUGAGGAAAGGACAGCUUGCCACCAGGCUCCUUAUUUAAUUCUCCAAAACACAUGGUACUCCAAAGCACUUGAAAAUGGGAAGCGAUGACAAAUCUGACUUACCAAAAACAAAAUCUUUGAUUUGCACUGUAACACAAAAGAAGUGAUCAAUCACACUGAAAUAUGUCAAGUUUUAAUUUUGACAAAGUGAGAAUCUUGUCAACUUUGGGAUAGAUCCCCCUUCUGAAUUUGAAAGGGUUCAAUCACAAAGACGCCUGUUUUAAAGGGUCCUUUAAGACUUCAGGUCAAAGACUGAGACUUGGAGAAAUCAAAGAUGGAUAAAACACCUUGCCUAACUGUUGCUGGGAGUUCACAGUUUGACUAAAACUGUGAACACCCAAACCAGGUGUUAGAG